AUGCCUACGACAAUCGCAAUUGCUGGUAUCGGCAGUACCCUGGCACUUCUCGUCGCUAAAUCACUGCUGCAACGUCCCGAUGUUUACAUCCGUGGCACCUCGCGCGACAUCACCAAGCUCCCAGACGACCUCAAGUCCUCUUCUCGCGUCACCCUUGUGCAGAGCGGACCAUACGACACCGACACAUUACGGAAAGUAGUGCACGGCUCCGAUGCAGUCGUGUGCUGCUAUUUCGCGAGCAAUGAAGUCAUGAUCGACGGCCAAAAGCUGUUAAUCGACCUGUGCGAAGAAGAAGGCAUCACGCGCUACAUCGCCAGCGACUACACCAUCGACUUCCGCAAGCUCGAUCCGACUGAUAUGGACAUCAAGAACUUCACACUCGAAGUCAGGGACUACUUGACUACGAAGUCCAGGGUCAAGGGCGUGCACAUACUGAAUGGUUUCUUUAUCGAGACAUUUCUCGACUACAUAGGUCUCUGGAACCCGCAGGCGAAGGAAGUCCGGUACUGGGGCUCCGGAAACGAGAAGUGGGAUUUUAUCUCGUACAAGACAGGCGCAGACUACGUCGCUGCUGUGACUCUUGAUCCAAAUGCGUUUGGUUUCUUCAAAUUCCGAGCCGACCACAAGAGCGCCAUGGAUAUCGCCGAAGACGUCGAGUCUGUGUUCGGCUUCAGGCCUGCGCUUGUGUGCAAUGGGUCGCUCGCUGAUCUAGCCACACAGUUGGAUGGCGCCGGCAACAUUAAUAACGUUAUCUCCGCUUCGAUCUAUUUCGUGCUGACUGGGAAGCUUGUUCUUGGUGAAGAUCUAGACAACGCAAAGUACCCCUCUGUGCAGCCGGAGUCGUUUUCUGAGGUGCUUCGACGACAUUCAAAAUAG